AUGGCGUCCCCCGCCAAGCCAGAUAUCUACAUUGACGAGGAGACUGGGCUGGACCACGAGAACUCUGGCACACAAGAGAAACCGUAUAAGACGGUCCAAUAUGCAUACUUACAAAAGAAUGGCGAAGCUUCGUUCUUCACACGAGAUCCCGAGUCGCCACCAGAAGAGGGCGUAAAGUGGAAACCUGCAGCGAAAGCGGCCCUCAAAAAAGCUGCCAACUAUGCCGAUGCACAGCGAAAGAAGGCGGGCAAGGCCAACGAGCUGGCGAUAAGAGAGAAGCAGGAGCAGGAGUCACGCGAAAAAGCUCUCGAGGAGGCAAAGAAGAUCGUCAUCAAGGACGACCCAAGUCUACCAGAAGCGCACAAAAUCCAGCUCGCCGAGAAGAUCCAGCUCGACCCUACACCACGUGUCCAAGUCAUAGGUCGGGUGAUGCGCCAGGCCAAGCAAAAGAACAUGCUCUUCGUUCGCCUUCGCGAUGGCACAGGAUAUAUGCAAUGCCUGCUUGCCGGCGACCUCGCCAAUACCUACCACGCCCAGACUCUCACUCUCGAAUCCAGCAUCCUAAUCAAAGGCCAAUUGAAAGCCGUCCCCUCCGACCACGACGCCCCAAUGGACCGCGAACUGCACGCCGACUACUUCGAGAUCAUAGGGAAGGCACCUGGUGGAGAAGAUGCAAUCACCAACAAAGUGCAAAUGAACGGUGAUGCCCAAACUCUCCUCGACAUGCGUCACCUCGCCCUUCGCAACGAGGCCAUCUCCUCUGUCCUCUACGUGCGGCAAGCAGUCGAACAUGCCUUCGCAACAAAAUACUGGGAACUCGAUUUCGUCAAGGUCUCUCCCCCAGCACUAGUGCAGACGCAAGUCGAGGGAGGCAGCACCCUGUUCGAAUUCGACUACUACAACGAAAAGGCCUACCUCACUCAAUCCUCCCAAUUGUACCUCGAAACUGCCAUCCCGUCUUUCGGAAAUGUUUACUGCAUUGAGAAAUCCUUUCGAGCGGAGAAGAGUCUAACCCGACGCCACUUAUCAGAAUACACACACAUUGAAGGCGAACUAGAUUUCAUCACCUUCGACGACUUACUCACUCACCUCGAAGACCUGAUGUGCGGUGUGCUCUCCAUCGUCCUCGCACACCCCCGCACCGCAUCCAUGAUCAAGAAACUCAACCCCGACUUCACUAUGCCCGAGCGUCCCUUCAAGCGUAUGAAGUACUCAGACGCUAUCCAAUGGCUCAACGAGCACGACAUAAAAAACGAAGACGACCAGCCACACGUCUUCGGCGACGACAUCGCGGAAGCCGCCGAGCGCAAAAUGACCGAUAUCAUCAACAAGCCCAUCUUCCUCACCCACUUUCCCACGGAGAUCAAAGCCUUUUAUAUGCAAAAGGAUCCCCAAGAUCCUCGCGUAACGGAAUCCGUGGACUGCUUGAUGCCAGGUGUAGGCGAGAUCAUCGGCGGGUCUAUGCGUAUGGAUAACUAUGAGGAGUUGAUGGAGGCUUAUACACGUAAUGGGAUUCCGUCGGAGCCUUAUUAUUGGUAUACAGAUUUGAGACGGUAUGGCACGAGUCCGCAUGGCGGGUAUGGGCUCGGGUUGGAGAGGUUCCUGGCGUGGUUGUGUAAGCAGCAUACAGUCAGGGACACCUGUUUGUUUCCGAGGUAUAUGGGGAGGUGUAAGCCGUAG